AUGAGGAACUUGCUAAGUGCAGCUUACUCAAAAGAUGAAAUUAAAGCUGCUAUGUGGGAUAUAGAUGUUUACAAGUGCAUCUCAAAGGUGUUGUGUAAUAGAUUAAGGGUUGUCUUACCAGAGAUGAUAUCUCAGAACCAGGGAGCCUUUGUGCAUAAUAGGUUCAUUGCUCAUAACAUUAUGGUGUGUCAAGAUUUAGCACAAGAAUGGGAUUUUGUGGAAGAGAUGUUGGUUAGCUUAAAGUUUCCUACUCACUUCACACACUUGAUCAUGCAGUGUGUUAGGACUCCUAGAUUUUCCUUAUCUAUCAAUGGUGCUCUACAUGGAUUUUUUGAAGGAAAAAGGGGAUUUAGACAAGGUGAUCCUUUGUCUCCAUUACUGUUUGUUCUUUGCAUUGAAUAUCUGUCUAGAGUUCUGCUGAUGGUAGGGUAG